GUGCGGGCAGCUGCCAGUGCGCGUGCGCGGCGCCCCGUUUGGCCGACGCGGUCUCCCGGCGCCUGUGUGCGGGAAGAUGGCGGAGAUGGUGCCGCAGUCGGUGCUGUUCGUCUGUCUGGGUAACAUUUGUCGGUCACCCAUUGCAGAAGCUGUUUUCAGGAAACUUGUAGCUGAUCAAAACGUUUCAGACAACUGGAGGAUAGACAGCGCUGCGACCUCCGGGUAUGAGAUAGGGAACCCCCCUGACUACCGGGGGCAGAGCUGCAUGAGGAGGCACGGCGUUCCCAUGAGCCACGUUGCCCGGCAGAUUACCAAAGAAGACUUCGCCACAUUUGAUUAUAUACUAUGUAUGGAUGAAAGCAAUCUGAGAGAUUUGAAUAGAAAAAGUAAUCAAGUUAAAAACUGCAAAGCUAAAAUUGAACUACUUGGGAGCUAUGAUCCACAAAACCAACUUAUCAUUGAAGAUCCCUAUUAUGGGAAUGACUCCGACUUCGAGAGGGUGUACCAGCAGUGUGUCAGGUGCUGCAGAGCGUUCUUGGAGAAGGCCCGCUGAGGCGGGGUCCCGGCCCUGCUGCAGCCACGGCGGCCAGACCCCGCCCUGCGGCCCUGCUUUCCCAGGCAGUGCUCACGUAGAGCGAUGUCCGUGGCCCCGGCUCCUCCUUCAGCUGACUUCCUGCUUCUUAUCUUAACAAAUAAUUGCAGGUGGAAAUCAGUUGUGUUUGGCAGAAUAAUAAAUAAAAAUCUUUGACGCAGACAGUUUAUAGUAUAGUAAGUGUUCUUGGACUACUGGAACCUGUCACUUUGCCCCAAUAGCAAAAUUAGUGGAACAAACAAGGUCUAGAACAACAGAAUAAAACACAAUGAUGUGUAAACCUCAAUUAAGGCCCAGGUUGUCAUCUAAGCCUCUUGAGACUUAGAUAAUCUCGUCUACCUCUUGCGUAGUUUCGUGUGCAUCGCUUGAUGGGCAGUGCUCUCUGCCCCUGUGCACCCCUCUGCCCCCCGAAGGAGCUCGCAGUCUAGGUUAGAAGCGUUUUAGUUCACAUACACCCAUAGUGCACACUUGUAUAUGAAAAAGAAAG